CCGGCCGAGGAGCUCCACUCGGCCGCGCCGGGCCUGACGGGGCAGACAGAGCCGGCGGGGGACGAGCAGGGCAGCGGCGGCGGCCCUAAGCCUUCAGCUGCUCUGCGAUGGCGGCCGGCGUGUUCCUCCGGGCGGGCCGCUUCCCGGGGCUGGAGGGGGCCUCUCCCGCCCCGGGGGCCGCGGCGCCCCUGUCUCGGCGGGCGGAGGCGGCCGGGCUCUCCUCGUCGGAGGACAGCGAGGACGAGGGCGGCGGCGGCGCUGUGGCGGCGGCGGCCCCUCGCGGGCGCUGCGGAGUCGUGGGGCCCCCCGGGGGCGGCCGGCGCCGUGCGGUGGGCAAGCGGUCGGGCGCCGCGGCGGCGCAGAUCAUCCACUCGGGCCACUUCAUGGUGUCGUCUCCGCACAGCGAGCACCCGCCCAAGAAGGGCUACGACUUCGACACCGUCAACGAGCAGACCUGCCAGACGUACCGCUUCGGCGCGGCCGCGGGGGCCGGAGGGGGAGGCGGCGCGGCGGACGGCGGCGGCGGGGGAGGCCGCCUCAGCAUCGACGCCUCGCUCACGAAGCUCUUCGAGUGCAUGAGCCUCGCCUACAGCGGCAAGUUGGUUUCACCCAAGUGGAAGAAUUUCAAAGGCCUGAAGCUUCAGUGUAGGGAUAAAAUCCGGCUCAACAACGCCAUCUGGAGGGCUUGGUACAUUCAGUAUCUGGAGAAGCGGAAGAACCCUGUGUGCCACUUUGUGACUCCCCUGGAUGGUUCUGUGGAGGUAGAUGAGCACCGGCGCCCUGAGGCUAUUGCAACAGAAGGGAAGUAUUGGAAGCGGCGGAUAGAAGUAGUAAUUCGAGAGUACCACAAGUGGAGAACCUACUUCAAAAAAAGGUUGCAGAAACAUAAAGAUGAAGACCUCUCCAGCUUGGUCCGGGAUGAUGACAUGUUCCUCUGGCACAAAGAGACAUACGGCAGGGAAACGCCAGUCCCUAUGGAACUGGACUGCCUCUUCAGCACAGACAUGCUUAUGUCAGAGCUGCCAGACACCCUCUUCUCCACACUGUCAUCUCACCAGCCAGUCUCUUGGCCAAAUCCCAGAGAGAUAGCACACUUAGGAAAUGCUGACAUGAUUCAGCCAGGACUCAGCCCUCUCCAACCAAACUGUAUGGAUACUUUUGAGUUCUUUCAAGAUCUUUUUUCUUCCAGUCGUCCUAGUUACUUCAAUGCUACCCCCAUCACUCCUACUGCCAGCUCUGCCCUGGAAGACACCUGCAGCCAUUCUUCCCAGACAUCCGACCUCUCUUCGGGUUCUUUGCCCAACACACUUCCCCCAGUGGACCUCAGCGAAGGGCUUGUCACCACCCCAGUUCCUGCCCGUAUCAUUCCCACUGUGACAGACGUUGGUGCUGACCAGUGCCUUGGCCUGAGGAGUGGGGCGGACUCCUUCCUGCAGCCCCCCAACUUCAAUUCUGAACCCCCUCUGAGCAGCCAGCCACAGUUCCUGUCUCCAUUCCCGGCUCUGGUGCCGCUCCUGCCGCCAGGCGUGCUGCCCCAGCCCCUGCCGCAGCAGACUGCGCUGCCUCUGAAUGCCAGCAUGGCCUCCCAGGGGUCCAUGUUUGCUGCUUCAGAGGUCCCAAAGUUUGGGCUCUGCAAAUCUUCAGUGAUCACUCACACAGCCUCAGCCACUCCGACGCACAAUGUCCCAGCCACCACCUUCAGCCAGAGCCAGGCUGGCCUCCUGGCAACCCAGCAGCCAGGGGGCGGUGUGCCUUGCAACCUGACCCUCCAGACUGCUGUGGCACAAAGGCAGCCUCUGCUGCAGCCACGCCCCACCUUCGCGCUCCCAGUGGCCAGUGGCGGGACGAGGUCCAAGAAGCUGCAAAAGAUAGUGCCUGCUCGGAAACCGGAAACCGUCUCCUUGGUCUUGAAAGAUGCCUUCAUUGCCCCAGCUGCCUUUCAGGGACAGUCCAGAGCUGUGAUUGUAACUCCAGCGCCAUUGAAAAGAGAAGGGGUUUGGGCCCCAAGGAUGUCUCAGCCCAAUGUUGUAAUUGCACCUUCUGGAAUGGCCAGAGCACCCAGAGCAACAGAAUUCCACAGCAGUAUUCUGCUCAGCAGCCCAGGCCAGCAGUCUCCAAGCCCCCAGCCGGUCCCAGCUGCUGUUCCACAUCUUUUUUCUUCUAGUGCAAUCCAGGAAGUGCUGGUGAAAGGCGAGCAGGCCCCUCCCCACAAGACCUGCUCACAGGUCCCCUCGCCUUCACCCAGCCGAGAAUGUCAGGCCUCGCCAUGCCCUUCGGACCUCAGUGCCAGCCCUCAGUCCCCACAGAACAGCUGCUCAGGGAAAACUGCAACUGAUCCUCAGAUGACUGCUUUUAAGAGUCGCAGGAUGAAGCAUAUUUCAGCAGAACAGAAGCGAAGGUUCAAUAUUAAGAUCGGCUUUAGCACCCUGAACAGCUUGGUGUCAGCAAACUCUAAAUCGAUCAGCCAUGCCCUCACACUCCAGAAGACGGUGGAAUAUAUCGCGAAGCUUCAACAGGAGAGAUCCCAGAUGCAAGAAGAAGCCAAGCGCCUUCGGGAAGAGAUUGAGGAUCUGAAUGCUGCCAUCAUUUCUUGCCAGCAGCAGCUCCCUGCUACGGGUGUUCCCAUCACACGGCACAGGUUUGAUCAGAUGCGGAGCAUGUUUGAGGAAUACGUCAGGAGCAGGACCCUGCAGAAUUGGAAGUUCUGGAUCUUCAGCAUCAUAAUUAACCCAUUGUUUGAAACAUUCAACGGAAUGGUCUCUACAACCAGCUUAGAAGAGUUGAACCAGACAGCAUUGGCAUGGGUAGACCAGCACUGCUCCCUGCCUGUCUUGAGGCCAAUGGUUCUGAACACUCUUCGCCACUUGAGCACAACCACCUCCAUUCUCUCUGACCCGUCUCGCUUGCCAGAACAAGCUACCGAGGCAAUGCGCAAGCUCAACAAAGCAGAAACCUAACCAAAGGCAACAGCCUGACCUCAAGCCGCGACAGAUGCCCAAGCCUUACCGAGGCCCAGAGAGACUUCCUUGUGGUCGAUCCAACUUCCAGCACAUGGGGGGCCUUGGCACUUGGCUGAGAAAGAUGUGUGGCGGUGGGGGGAGCCAAUUGUUAAAUACUGUGCUUGGGUUUAGUCAAACGGGAAAGCCAACUCAGGUAAAUAACGCAGAGUGAGAUAUCUGCACCCAGCAAUAGAAGCACUACUUCAAUGCAACAUACUGAAAAUAUAUGCAGUGCUGAUGUUUUUCUGCAACUUGACCUCAGGCAUCAUGGCUCGGAGAUGGGGAUGGAGGGGGCAGAGGCACGACGAAGAGCCAUGUGUUAAAAGGGAAAUGUGUUUCCAUCUUUGUGAAAUAUAACUUGCUUUUAUAUUUUGUUCCUGGAUUUUUGGUCUCCCUUCUACGUGGGAUUCUGGCUUCAGCCUUUACUGGCUAAGACUUACGCAUCCACGUGACCCAUAUUGGCAGGAAACGGAGCAUAAAGUUCCUUCCUGCUGCCAUAGUAAAAGGCAAACCACCUUUGAACCAGAGCUAAGCUAUGUUGGUUGGCUAUGGUGGGAACAGGAUGCUGGACUAGAUGAGCUCUUCUCCUGUUCUUAUGAAGGGGGCUUCCCCUGCAGAUUUUGAAAUGGCUUUGGGAAGGGGGGGAAGGGCAUAGUGUUCGCUUGUCACCUCCUCGACCCCGGCAGACGUUCAGGUGCAUCAGAAGCAGUCCUUUGGAUCCUGACUGGUGACUAGGGUGGGAAAUACAUUCAUAACCAAAGGAGAAAAUGUUUUAAAAAUUCACAACGGUACCCAGAAUGCAGGAUGUCUUUUGUUAAUGUGAAAUCCCCUCUAGCUUUGUAGCCUUUGGGGAGCCAAGAUAUGCUGACACGCCCACCCCCUUUACACGGGAGAGUGUUUCUUUAAGCUCUGCUCAUUCUGUUCUGAAACAGAGACCUUUUUACUCCUGUGCAACUAGUUUAAGCUCUAGGCUGUGUGUUAGCCUUGCAAAGGGGUUCACAAAAGUUACUAGCCCAUCAGCAAAAGGUUCAGUAGCCUGCCUGCCCACACAUCUUAUUAGCAUAUAUUGGCAUGCUGAUGGCUUCCAAAACAAAACUUACCUGCCUGGUCACCUUCAGUGGCUACUUGGUUGCCCCAAGCCACAGGCCUGUGCCUGAAAGCCCAACACAAAUGACUUAGUGCCACCAGAGAGAUGUGAACUGUCUUUUUAACUUUAGGAAAUAUAUCCCUAGAAACAUGCUAUGUUCUAGCCCAGGCAUGUCCAACAGGUAGAUUGUGAUCUACCAGUAGAUCACUGGAUGUCUGUGGUAGAUCACUGCUAGAUCACUGGCACCCCUAAAAAAAGCUCACCCAAAAUUUUCCUCCUCCCUAAAAAAAGCUGAACUAUGACCAGCUCAACAAGUUUGACCUAAACCCCCCAAAACAGGGCUUCCCUUAAAAAAACUCAACAGCUUUGACCUGAACCCUCCCCCAAAGGGGGUAGAUCACUCCCAGUUUUUAACUCUGUGAGUAGAUCAGAGUCUCUUGGGAGGUGGCCACCCCUGUUCUAGCCAUUUAAAAGCCACUUCUGUUACUAUCACCCUGCUCAGCUAUAAUAUUCCUUAACCAGGAGGUCACUUCAGGCUCUGAUUAACAUUAACCAAGGUUUAAGGCCAGCAGAGGGAAUUUAUGCAUGAGAGGCAGGCUGUUUUUGGGGGGUGGGGGGUGGGGAGAGAUGUGUCCCACAGCCUGCUUCUACCUCUACUAAAAUGAUGACAUAUGGCCAUAUGCAGACAGCAUCUAAAAAGAAUGUAUGCUUGGGGUGUGGGGUAUAAAAGAAAUGCCUCUUAAGAUUCUGCUUGUCAUCUACAGUCUUUAUAAUUUAUAACAAGAUACAUUUCAGCAUUCAGUCUGCUGCAAUUUUUUCGCUUGUCAAAAAGCAUGUUUUUUUAAAAAUCGAUUAAUAUAACCCAUUAAUUGAUUAAACAUUGCAGCCCUACUCAUAAGUAUUUGUGAAUUUUAUAGCUGCUGAAUGUACAAUGCAGAUUUGGCACAGAUACCAUUCUGCUUCCUGUUUCCAGGCCCUUUUCAGCUUGAUGCAUUUAAUUUAGAAUAGUGGUGUCUUGUCUGUGUGGACAUCUGUUCUAGAAGAACUCCAUGCAGCUAUGCAGGAGGCUGGCCUGAUACUGUGAAUCAUUCUUCUUCCCCAACUCUUCUUAACCCAGUUGUAUCUGCACUUUGCAUUUUGCUCCACCCUACUUUUAAAUAAUAAUAAUAAUAAUAAUAAUAAUAAUAAUAAUAAUAAUAUCUGAAGUGCUUUUUAAAAGUCUGUAUUUUUAAAACCUAAAAGUUCACCAGAGCUCUGCUUAAUCUAGGACCGCUGCUUCCUCCUCUUUGGAACUGGUCCUCCAUUCAUAGCUGUCUCUCAGUAAGCUACAUUUGCAGGAGGUGGGACCAGAUUAGAAUCAUAGAAUUGGAAGAAACCACAAGGGUCAUCUAGUUCAACCCUCUGCAAUGCAGGAAUCUUUUUUCCAGUGUUGGGCUUGAACCCGAGUCUCAUGCUCUACUGAUUGAGCUUUCCCAACUCCUGGUCUCUUCUCUCAGCCCUUCAGCUCCUACUUGGGUACCAUACAUGCUUUAUAGUGUGGUCUUCCUCUGGAGCUUUCUCCAGUUCCCCUCAGCAUGCUUUUUAGUGGACCUUGUCCCUGAAGCCACCGCCAUGCACAAAGCAAUGCAAUCUCUUCUUCUGUUGAGGAGUAUUUUAAAACCAACCUGCUCUAUGGGUUUUCUCAGCAUCAGAAUGGCUGCAGGCUACCUAAAAAUGUAGCAACAGUUUUGUCCUGUGACCUGCCAAGAAUUCUAACUAAUGUUGGAGUAGAGCAUCAGUUGCCAACAUCUGCAGAGCAGCUGACAAGGUGAUUUCUUUUGGGCAGGGUGGUUUCUGCUGGCUCUGGUGGCAUUGGAGGGAGGGAGCUACAGAGCUAGCAAGCACCUUUCUCUCUCCCUUCCCCAAAUUGUUAGGAAAGCUCCUGAACCAUCUCAUAUCAUUUCAUACAGGCCUGACAGUUAAUAAAAGAGGUAGGAGCUUCCUCGCAUGGGCCAGAUUUAGGCUCUGGGCCACUAGUUGACCUGUUGUUGUGUGAAAAGAACUAUGACCUCCCUUUCACCCAGUUCUGUUAUUUCAAUGUUUUUCUCAGACAUUGGCAGCCAUAGCAGUAUUUGAAGAGGAUUCUUGCCAAAAAAACAAGACACUAAACCUCAAGCUGUAGUGGGGGGCGGGCAGUUGCUCUGAACCAUCUCUGUUUGUGGCCCUGAGUUCCUCUACUCUCCCAUUUCUUCAAAUUUCACUCCUGUCCAACACCUGAACAGCAUCUGAACAGCAGCAGGUACCGUGUUCCUCUGUUUCAGGAGCUUCCCGUUGUCAUUCCCCUGCUCUCAGGUUGUGGCACUCUGCAAACAAGAGAGGUUUUUAAACUCUCCAUUUGCUGAAAUGUUUUCAGUUUACCUUCUGCUCUUGAUUUUGUGCAAGUGCAUUUAGCUUGGGAACGGAACAUCCAUCUUUCCCAGGAGCACUGAGCAUCUUUACUCUGCAAACCAUAAAGAGGUCAGCCUCUUUACUUUUCAGAAGCUGCUCUCAGGUACUUGCCUUCAGUGCAAAGAUGGAGUUGGGUUCGCGAGAGUUCUUUUUGUGGAAAAGAGCUCUGCAAUAGGCACAUGCACACAGUUUUGCUCAGCCUGGGCCUCCCUGGGUGUACAAGGUUUGGCCGUUUCUCUUAGCAUACAGUGGCAUGAAUACAGUGGCUUGGUUGACCCAGAUGUGAACACGGCAAGGAUCCUUUUCCUUUUAAGACCAUCUUCCUCAACAUUGUGCCCUCCAGAUGUUUGAAUUACAGCUCCCGUUGCCACUGAACGUUGGUCAUGGUGGCUGGAGGGGAUGGGAGUAGUUGGUCCAAAAUGCAUAAAUGCCACCAGGCUGGGUGAAGGCUGGUUCAAUAGUUUCAUCCCAACUGUCUUCAUACCUCAUGAGCUGAACCAGAGAAAAAAUAUUCCUUUUGGACCAGGGAUGGGAACUCCCAUGAGCCCCUGACAUCCUGGCCACAGAUGGUGGGAGCUGAUGUCCAGUGACGCCAUUUGGCAGGGCAAAAGUGUCUUGGACUGGCUGUUAAGAGUUGAAGAACCCUUUCCCCUUGGCAUUUAAUCUCCUAAGGCAGGCAUCCCCAAACUUCGGCCCUCCAGAUAUUUUGGACUACAAUUCCCAUCUUCCCCGACCACUGGUCCUUUUAGCUAGGGAUCAUGGGAGUUGUAGGCCAAAACAUCUGGAGGGCCGCAGUUUGGGGAUGCCUGUCCUAAGGGUAUCACUCCUGAGAUGCUUAACACUGCCUACCUUUGCUCAGGUGAACCUUUUUCUUAUGAACUCCACCAUCAUUUUCCUCAGCCAGACAGGUGGUGAUGAGUAAGUGAGCAAUCAAGAUUCUGUAUGGCUUUGAAAAGGUACCAGUGAUGCAGAGAGGUAGUUUCCAUAUGACUGUUCUUUGGAAGGUUGUGGAUAUUUUGGGACUUGCUUUAAUCUGAAUGAUGCUCAUAAAGUUGCAUUUUGCUUAAUAAAUGGGGUUGGAAGCAGUACAGAUAAUUUGUAUAUUUCCUCAAUUAUUGUUCUGGGCAAAAUUGCUUGUUUUGCAACUGCAAACGAUAAAAGCUUUUUAUAAUUAAUUGGUUGUAUUUCUUUUCCUUUUUAACAAGCUGUGGGAAGAUCUCAGACCUGCCCCUCCUUUCAGCCUUGUGGAAGAUAAGAUUUUUUUUGUUGCAUGAAAAUGGUGCUCCAUGGCAACCUCUUGGUUUGGUCUCUUUCAACAAUGCAAUUGCACUUUUCUACAACCAAAAUAAAUACUCUCUCUUUUUUAGGAUUC